AAUUUUGAUGUAAGUAAUACAUCUGCUAGUUGUUCCUUACCUUCGGAGCACUCAUCAUGACCGAGACAAGAAGUGAGAAAUUAAAGAAAAAAGUAUUCUGGCCGCAAUGGAUCGCUGGUUGCGGAGUCUGGUUGUUGAUAACGCAACUGGGAUUAGUAGGAGGAUGGUCGUCUCCGUACAUCGACUACUUAACUUCUGCAGAAUCUACAUUUCCAGUGACACUGUCGGAAAUAUCGUGGGUGGUGUCGUUAUUCAAUUUGGGAAGAUUUUUCGGUGCUAUCGGAGGCGCUAUAUGCGUCAACUACGUCGGCAGCAAGACAACAAAUGCAAUCAGCACUGUGCCCAUCUCGCUUGGCUGGCUCUUCAUCAUUUUGGCUAACAGCGUGGAGUGGUUAUAUGUCUCAAGAUUUUGCAGUGGCAUCAGCCUAGGAAUGACCUACAGCUGCUAUACUAUAUAUUUAGGAGAAAUAGCGGAUCCUAGCAUCCGAGGAGCGUUGAUGGCACUAGGCACAAGCGGCUUAGCGACAGGAAACUUUAUAAUGAGUGUUAUGGGAGCAUAUUUAUCGAUGACUGUAUCAGCCACGAUAGCCUUAGUUUUUUGCCUUUUAUUGAUGAUUCUUUUCAUCUGGCUGCCAGAAUCCCCUCAUCAUUUGAUUAAGAAAAGCUUGGACGAGAAAGCGAAGUCAUCGAUUCGAUGGUACCAUAGAGACUAUGACGUAGAAUCGGAAUUCAUGGACUUACGAAGGUUUGUUGAAAAUGUCAGUAAGCAAACGUUAACAGACUCUCUCAGGGAGUUAAAAAUUCUUCAUUUCCGCAAGUCGAUUAUUAUUGUUACGAUUCUUACCGCGUACGCUCAAUUGAGCGGAAUCAAUAACAUUUCGUUUUACAUGGAGUCGAUCUUCACAUCCGCAAAAGUUAGCGUGAUGGACCCAGCGCAAGUAGUGAUAAUAGUGAUGGCAUGUGGUAUCAUCGGAUGUUAUUUAUCAAUGCUUUUAAUGGACAGACUUGGAAGGAGAAUUCUUAUGGUCAUAUCGUGCACUGGAAUCGCGUUAUCUUUAAGUCUAUUAACGGUCGAGUUUCAAUUGUUAAAUUUUGGUUUUGAUUCAAAAACAGUGGAAGGACUAGCGAUUACCGGAAUGAUAGCUUUCUACAUAACAGUUUUCUCAGGUGUUACUCUCAUACCACCAACGAUGCUUGGCGAACUCUUUCCUCCUCAUCUAAAGUGCGUCGCAGCAUUUAUUCUCAGCAGCGCAGCCGCCGUUGUCUCUUUCAUCUCAACCGUCACUUACAUACCGCUGCUUAAUCUUCUGAACGAACGAUAUUUGUUUCUAUUUUAUGGCCUGUUAGAGGCUACAGCUAUACCAUUUACCUUGAUCUGUGUACCUGAGACGAAAGGAAUGUCCUUGCAAGAAAUUCAGGUUCAACUGACGGGGAAGAGUAAAGCUUGAAGUAUAUCUAGUGCUAAUAAGCCUAAUCUCUCUCGUGAGCAAAAUACGGAACAAUUUAUAAUCUCUAAUUGAGUUAUUAUAUGAACGUAUAAAUAUUUUACAAUUAUUAUACUGUAAAUAUCAAAAUUCGAAUACUCGCUUUAAAUGUAGACAAUUAUUUUUUUUAAAUCAUGUUAUUAAUGUGUUAUGAAACUGAAAUUAUUACUUCGUAACUAGGGACUGUACAUAGAAUACGCUUUCUCGAAGAUUGUCUCUCAGUUCAACAGAUAUUUCGUUGGAACCGAUGAAAGCGCAUCUCAAGGAAUUUUCUAGUGCAUCCAGAAACGACGGACGAACGUUGGAUAAUAGAAGAAAAGGUCGCGAUGCCUGUUGUUCUUUUGCUUGCUAUUCUUCCUUUAACCGAGAAACGAUGUAGCUAUUUCUCUUUGGGGCGGACACACGCCGCCGUAACGUCGGCGAUGGAACUCGGCCAGUUUCAUAUUUUACAAGACGAUAUUUCAGCUGUGCUGGCUAUGCCAACAAUGUUAAAGGUGACACGGUCCCAUGGUGGCACUGCUGAAAAUUGGACACUACCUUAUCUCGCCUGGGUCAUUGCACGAUGACUGUUCUUGAUAUCCUUAUAAACAUCAGGGCAUCGAUACGAAUUUACAAUACGAGUUUUCUUUACUAUUAAAUGAUACGAGCAUGUAUUACAAAGAAGCUCUGAUAAUAAAUAACAUUAGCACCAAAAACUGUCACCGAUUUCGCAAAGUAUCUCGCUUUUACAAACAUUGUGAAUAACACGAGAACUAUAUUCCGCAAUAAAAGAAACAUAAGAAGAGACAAUUACAAUAAAAAAAAUUAUUUAUUGUAACAUAUUAAUGAUACAAGCUAGAACGUAUAAAAUUACGUUAUGUUAUAUUUCCGUGAUGACGAACCGAACAUCAACGCGGCGAAUUAAUUACUUAAACGUAACUGUUAUUUCAUAAUAAAUGUUUCACGUUUCGCGCACACAUCCGCUGCUCCUCCGGGCGUAUGUGACCAGUUAUCAUUUUAAAUUGAUUACCGUUCAACCCAAUUGCGUUUCGAGAGUUGCGUGAACCAAUAAUUCUUUGAUCCAUCCAGGGUGGAAUAAUGGUCACGGAGCCGACUUUGCCCUCUGACAUGCGCCAACGCUGUUAAGUUAUUGCAUUUAGCCCGAUUCAGAUUUACGAUAAGCCGAUUUCCGGAAGGAGAAUAUCCUGUAGAAUAAAAGAUUAUAGGAAUUAUUGUAAUUAAUAUCGUGUCCAUAUCGAGAAAAUGUAUCAAGCUUUUAACAGCGCCUCUACAGUUAUCUGUCCGCUUCAUGAAAUAUUCAUAAAUAUUCA